CCCGCGCAAAGCUUUUUGUAAUAAGCUGCUGCCCGCUCGCUGCACUGCUGCUCACCAUCACUCCCAUCAAACAGUAGUAGAAACCCAGAUACAGCAUUUUAUUUUAUAGUGCUUUGAUGCACAACAACCCUAAUUGAAGAAAUCAAGAAACUGAGUAAAUAGCUAUGAGUGGAGAUGGUGGUGGCGGAGGAGGGUGGAGAGAUAUGGGCAGCGUCGCCGUCCACAUACUCACCGGCCGGUGGUUCAUGUUCUUUAGCUGCCUCCUUCUCAUGUCGGCUGCCGGAGGGACCUACAUAUUCGGGAUCUUCUCCGAGGAGAUCAAGACAUCUUUAGGCUACGACCAGAAAACCUUAAACCUCGUAAGCUUCUUCAAGGAAAUCGGGGCCAACGUCGGGAUCAUAGCCGGCCUGAUUAACGAGGUUGCCCCGACGUGGCUGGUUCUCCUCGUCGGCGCCGCCAUGAAUUUCUCCGGCUACUUCUUUAUCUGGCUGGGCGUCACCGGCCGGAUAGCCCACCCCAGAGUUUGGUGGAUUUGUUUGUCCAUUUGCGUGGGCGCAAAUUCCCAGACAUUUGUUCACACCGGCGCCUUAGUUACUAUGGUCAACAAUUUCCCAGAAUCACGGGGAAUCGUGAUAGGAUUGUUGAAGGGCUAUGUCGGGUUGAGUGGCGCGAUAAUGACGCAGUUGUACCAUGCUCUGUACGGGAACGACGACAAGUCCUUGAUUCUGUUGAUCGCCUGGCUGCCGGCGGCGGUUUCCUGCGUUUUUCUGGGCACGGUUCGGACUAUUAAGGUUGUUCGGCAGUCGAAUGAGGUGAAGGUGUUCUACAAUCUGUUGUUUGUGUCGCUUGGGCUUGCCGCGGUUCUCAUGGCCGUAAUCAUCUUGCAAAAUAGGAUAGCUUUUAGCAGGACGGAUUACGCCGUCACCGUUUCUGUGAUCAUCGUUUUGGUCUUUUCCCCGUUGGUGGUUGUGGUUAAAGAAGAGGUGAAGCUCUGGAGGAGGAGCAAGAACCCACACUCUCACCCUUUCACGGUCAAAACGCCAGAAACCAAAGCCGCACCACCACUGCAGUUGCAGCAGUUGCAGGCCAGGUCGAAUCAUGUAUGGUAUAAAAAUGUGUUUACGCCACCGGAGAGAGGGGAGGAUUACACGAUCCCACAGGCGGUUUUCAGCAUUGAUAUGCUGGUUUUAUUCGUGGUGACGAUGACCGGCGCCGGAGGGACCUUGACGGCGAUGGAUAAUUUAGGCCAAAUCGGCAAGUCCUUAGGCUACCCAGACCGGUACAUCACCACAUUCGUGUCGCUAGUCAGCAUAUGGGGCUAUUUAGGGAGAGUAGUCUCCGGGUUUUGCUCUGAAAUCUUCCUAGCCAAAUACAAAUUCCCCCGCCCAUUAAUGCUCACACUAGUCCUCCUCCUCUCCUGCUCCGGCCAUCUUCUCAUCGCUUUUGGGGUCCCAAAUUCUAUCUACGCCGCCUCGAUUCUUAUCGGGUUUUGCUUCGGAGCACUGUGGCCGCUCAUAUUCUCAAUCAUCUCGGAACUAUUUGGGCUGAAACACUACUCCACACUGGUCAGUUUUGGCGGCGCCGCCAGCCCGGUGGGAUCCUACAUAUUCAACGUUAGGGUGGCUGGAGUUUUGUACGACAAUGAAGGUUUGAAGCAGAUGGCUAGAAAGGGGAUGAGCCGGAAGGCCGGAGAGGAUUUAACGUGCGACGGCGUGGAGUGUUUCAAGGUGGCGUUUAUCAUCAUCGCCGCUGCUACAUUGGGAGGAUGCAUACUUUCGUUGAUCUUGGUAGCUAGAACAAGAAAAUUUUACCGUGGGGAUAUAUACAAGAAAUUCAGGGAACAAGCUCAGGUGGAGGAUGGCCCCUGAGAAUCGAAGAUGAAUGGGUUGGA